AUGCAUCUGAAAACCAUUUUCACCGUAUUUUCUGUCCUUUGCCUGACUUUGGUUGCUGGUCAAGAACGGGAUUGUAGGGAACUGGAACGCAGUUGUGAAAGAUGCGUGGAUAGGGUGAGCAAUCCAAAUGAUCGUGAGUUGCCGGUCUUCAAUAGGGAGUGCAGGGAAAGGACACGAAGGACUUGGGUCUGGAGAAAUGUAGGACGCUGUGAGCUCUCUAGACUAAACUGCUUGGGUUGGGACCGACGCAUGAACUGUGGUGAAAUUGCAGAAUUGGCUGGCAUGCGCAGGAUCAGAUCUGAUUGA